AGCGAGAGGCCAAGAUGGCGGCGCUGGAGGAAGAGGAGCGGGCGCUGCUGGACGAGGAGCCGCCGCCGGAGCCCGACGCGGCCCCUGCGCGGAAGCCGCUCUCGGCGCUGUGCGACCCGCGGCGCCUGGCCCACCGGCUGGUGGUGCUGGCGCUGAUGUGCUUCUUGGGCUUCGGCAGCUAUUUCUGCUAUGACAACCCAGCAGCUCUGCAGACUCAAGUUCAAGGGGAUAUGAAAGUGAACACUGCUCAGUUCAUGGCAUUGUAUGCCUGGUAUUCCUGGCCAAAUGUGGUCCUCUGUUUCUUUGGAGGCUUUCUGAUAGACAGAGUCUUUGGAAUAAGGUGGGGUACAAUAAUAUUUAGCACCUUUGUCUGUGUUGGGCAGGUGAUCUUUGCUUUGGGAGCAGUAUUUAAUGCUUUUUGGCUGAUGGAAGCUGGACGGUUUGUGUUUGGGAUUGGUGGCGAGUCUUUAGCAGUAGCCCAAAACACCUAUGCUGUCAGUUGGUUUAAAGGAAAAGAAUUAAACCUUGUGUUUGGACUGCAACUCAGCAUGGCUCGGAUUGGAAGCACUGUGAAUAUGAAUAUCAUGGGAUGGGUGUACUCCAGAAUACAAGAUCUACAGGGUUCUACAGGCCCUACCACUCUUGGCAUAGUGCUCUUGAUAGGUGGAGUGACGUGUAUCUUUUCGUUACUUUGUGCUCUCCUUCUUGCUUAUUUGGACCGAAGAGCGGACAAAAUUCUUUGCAAAGAGCAGGGAAAAAGCGGUGAAGUGAUUAAGCUAACUGAUGUGAAAGAUUUCUCGUUGUCCCUGUGGCUCAUAUUUAUCAUCUGCGUGUGUUAUUAUGUGGCUGUCUUCCCGUUCAUUGGACUUGGAAAGGUUUUCUUCAUUGAGAAAUUCAAGUUUUCUUCUCAAGAAGCAAGUGCAAUCAACAGCAUUGUGUAUGUGAUAUCUGCACCCAUGUCCCCUGUCUUUGGAUUCCUUGUGGACAAAUUUGGAAGGAACAUUUCCUGGGUUAUAUGUUCCGUCGUGAUUACUCUGGCCUCUCACAUCAUGUUGGCCUUUACUUUCUGGAACCCUUGGAUCGCUAUGUGUUUGUUGGGAGUAGCUUACUCUCUGCUUGCCUGUGCCUUGUGGCCUAUGGUGGCUUUCGUGGUCCCCGAACACCAGCUGGGAACUGCUUAUGGAUUUAUGCAGUCAAUCCAGAACUUGGGUCUGGCGGUGAUUGCCUUAGCUGCUGGUACGAUCUUGGAUUCCCGAGGAUACCUAUACCUCGAAAUCUUCUUCAGUGCUUGUGUGUGUUUGUCGCUCAUGGCUGUAGUCAUGUUGUACUUUGUGAAUCUCAUCCAAGGAGGUGACCUUAACUGGUCCGCAAGGAGAAGAGAAAAGUUUCAGAAGCUGGCUGUGGCUGAAUAAGCAAUCUUGACUAGGAAAUAUCAUCCUGAAGUGGGGG